AUGGCUGAAACGACUCUUGGUGGUCUUUCGGUCAUGACCACUGGACUUGGUGAUGAAGCUGAUUUGAGCGUCUUUGAAAACAAAAGUGGAUUGGCAGAGGAUUUGAAAUUUUUGGCCUCAAUGCCUGAACUAUGCGACCGUUUUUGGUCGGUGAUACACGGGAGCCAGUUUGUGCUGUCAAGGCCGUUCUGGCGGCUAGGAGCAGAGUGUUUCAAAAAAUGCUGUACACCACUCCCAGUCCUCAGAGAAAAAAAGAGCCGAGUACGGGACCCAACAAAUUGCGACUAUUCCUUAAACGGAGCAGUGAGCCUUUACUCAAUUUGCAAAAUCCAGCAGAAAAGGUAUAGCUUUUAUUUCGGGUUCCCCUCAACUAGGAUACGUCUAAAUCAAUACCCGUUGCACUCGAUAAAAAUUCCGUGUGUUACGAUACAGAGAGGAUAUACACAACAGUUAGCUUCCAUUCACGAGCCUGCCACACACACCCAUCAAACGCUGAUUGCCGAAGAAUUUGAGCCUGACGUGUUUCGGCAACUCAUAGAAUACAUUCACACCGGUUGCGUUACCCUUCAACCUAGAACUUUGCUCGGAGUGAUGAAUGCGGCUGACUAUUACGGACUGGACGAACUGCGUCGAUCGUGUGUAGGUUUCGUUCAGUGCUGCAUCAAUGUCGACACUGUUUGUGCCCUUUUGGCUUCAGCAGAACGCUACAUCCAGUACAAAUGCACCAAAUCUCUAGUUCAAAAGGUUUUAGAAUUUGUUGACGAACAUGGAAAUGAAGUAUUGAAUUUGGGAUCUUUUACAUUAUUGCCGCAACAUGUUGUCCGUCUUGUUCUGUGUCGAGAUGAACUCAAAGCGGAUGAAUUCACAAAAUUUCAAGCUGCUUUGAUGUGGUCGAAAAAGUAUUGCGACAGUAAUCCCAACAUCAGCCUGAAAGAAACGUUGUCCAACUUUUUAGAAUUUAUCCGAUUUCACCAAAUUCCAGCUAAUGUUUUGAUGCGAGAAAUCCAUCCAUUGGGAUUGGUACCAGAUCAUUUAAUCAUGAAUGCAUUGGCCUACCAAGCCGAUCCGACUUGCGUAGACCCAGCUAAAUUGUCGCCUACUCCGCAACGUGGCGGUAGGAGACGAUCUCAGGCCCGUUCCAUGUCAGUCCAGUCGUCACUCGAUCCUUACGGAUCGUCCACCACGCUCAAUAGCGAAAGCGCUUCUUCUGAAAUUGAGUCCAGCCCUCGCUUGAGUUCCGAUGGAAGUCGAGGUUCACCAUUGGGACGUCUCUCUAAUUAAUUAAUUUUUGCUGUUAAUACUCUUAUGCACUUUGCCCAAAACAGAGUUGUACCUAUUAAUUUCAACGUAUGUAUAUGUAUGUUUGUAUUUUUGGGGGUCAAACCAUAAGUAUACAGUGUAUGAAUUUGUCGAACGUACAAUUAAAACGCAUGGGUCGUCCCGUCAA